AUGUUUUGUGAAAAGCCUGAAAGCAGAGUGUCAGCACCGUGUCUUAAUGCUUCCCAGAUUACCCCGAAAUUAGUAACUGAGCAAUUGAAAAAAGUGCAUUUUGUGGAUGCAUUUGGAGAGGUUGUGUACUUUGACAACAAUGGAGAUCCUCCUGCUUCAUAUGAAGUCAUAAACUGGCAGAUGAGAGAUGGGCAAGUGCAGCAUGUAGGAGUUGGUCGUUUCAGCACCUCUGCAAAUGGAAAAUAUGCACUUAUGAUUAAUGAAGAAAAGAUAAUUUGGAGCACAGGAAAUUUGACACCAAAAUCUGUUUGCUCAGAAAUCUGUCCACAAGGCACAAGGAAAGCACAAAUUAAAGGUUUACCUCUGUGCUGCUUUGACUGUAUUCCAUGUGCUGAUGGUUCUAUAUCAAACACAACAGGAGCAACAGAUUGCAUCAACUGCCCUGAGGAGUACUGGUCUAAUGAAAGAAAAGACAGCUGCAUCAUAAAAUUAAUCGAGUUCUUAUCAUACACGGAAACAAUGGGCAUAAUUCUUAUGGUUUUAUCACUACUGGGUGCCUGUUUAACAUUUUCUACUUUGGUGGUGUUCAUUCACUUUAGAGACACACCAAUUGUAAAAGCAAAUAAUUCAGAACUGAGUUUACUUUUACUUCUUUCUCUUAUAUUUUGCUUCCUCUGUCCUCUCACAUUUAUUGGUGAGCUGACAGUCUGGUCCUGCAUGUUGCGUCACACAGCAUUUGGUAUUGCUUUUGCCCUCUGCAUUUCCUGUAUGUUGGGAAAAACUAUUGUUGUGGUAACUGCCUUUAAAGCAACUUUACCUGGAAAUAAUGUGGCAGUAAAGUUUGGCCCAACUCAGCAAAGAGCCAUUGUGUGUUCAUGCACUGCAGUUCAAAUCGUUAUUUGUAUUCUUUGGCUAAAUGUUGCACCACCAUUCCCUAAUAAAGUCUUUGAGCAACGCAGUAAGAAAAUAAUUUUAGAGUGUAACACAGGCUCAGAUGCUGCCUUUUAUGCUGUUCUAGGUUACAUUGGUCUUCUUGCCAUAGUGUGUUUGGUUCUGGCAUUUUUAGCCAGAAAGCUACCUGAUAAUUUCAAUGAAGCCAAAUUCAUCACAUUUAGUUUGCUUAUAUUCUGUGCAGUUUGGAUCACAUUUAUUCCAGCUUAUGUCAGCUCUCCUGGGAAGUAUACAGUAGCUGUAGAAAUAUUCGCAAUUUUGUCUUCAGCUUUUGGCCUACUGUUAUGCAUUUUUGUACCAAAAUGUUACAUAAUUUUAAUCAAACCAGAGAGAAAUACAAAAAAGCAUGUAAUGGGGAAAAAUAGGGGCAACCUUCAGGUGGAAUGGGGCAACUGCCAAGUCCCAGACAGCCACUCUGGGUCGUGUCCCGGGCCUCAGCCUCCGGGCGCCAUGGAGGAAACGUGUCACCAGAGGGUGCCUACCCAGUGA